AUGCGGCUCAAUAUUGGGUUGACGAUCACAACCGGGCUUUCCACAGCCGCGGCAGUGACUCUGGAAGAGCUAUGCACGACAACCUACGCUGCUUCCAAGCUCCCAGCUGCCGGCACGUAUCAGGGAAUCACGAUUGACCAGAGCUCCGUCAUCACCACCCUUACCUCCAACUUCGCAGUCCAGGAUAACACUUUCUAUGCCGAUGCGACAAUCUCAUACUGCAACAUCACGUUCUCCUACACGCACGAUGGUCGCGAUGAUCUCGUACACGUCGCUUACUUCGCGCCCGACCCCUCGGCCUUCCAGAACCGUUUCUUGGCCACCGGCGGCGGAGGAUUGGCCAUCAACUCUGGUGCUUCGUCGGUCUCGGGCGGCGUGAGCGUUGGUGCAAUAGCUGGAUUGACGGACGGAGGAUUUGGUAACUUCAAUACGCAAGCUGAUGCACACUUCCUUCUGGCAAAUGGGACCGUAAACUGGGAGAACGUGUACAUGUUUGGGUACCAGGCAAUCCAUGAGAUGACGGUUCUUGGGAAGGCUUUCACCAAGAAUCUGAUGUCUGUGUCAAACAGCACUAAGCUGUACGCGUACUACCAGGGUUGUUCGGAAGGUGGUCGUGAAGGUUGGUCGCAAGUGCAGAGAUUCGAGGAACUCGAUGGGGCGAGUGUGGGUGCGCCCGCCUUCCGCUACGCGCACCAACAAAUCCAGCACUUGUACAGUAACGUUGUCGAGAAUACUCUGGAUUACUUCCCGUCGCCCUGCGAGCUAACGGCCAUUGUCAAUGCGACGAUCAAAUUCUGUGAUCCUCUGGAUGGGAAGAGCGAUGGUGUUGUGGCGCGGUCCGACCUAUGCAAGCUCAAAUUCCACGCCAAUUCGACCGUUGGCACGUCAUAUUAUUGCGCUGCGUCCGCUGGGGGUGGCGGUGGAUUCGGACCUGGUGCAGGCCAGCCAACGCCAGAACAAAAGGGAAUUGUCAGCGCAAAGGCAGUCGCGGUUGCUCAAACAAUCCUUGAUGGCUUGCACGACCUGCAAGGACGCCAGGCGUACUUCUCCUACCAGCCGGCUGCGACAUUCGCGGAUGCGCAGACGAAGUACAACAAUGCGACUGGAAAGUGGGAGCUGAGUAUCAGCGGUUUGGGAGGCGAAUUUGUAACUCGAUAUCUCUGGUUGCAGAACACAUCGACACUGACGAGUCUGGAUGGCGUGACGUAUGACACGAUGGUGGAGUGGAUUUAUGAUCUGUGGCAGAUGUACGAGGAUUCACUCCAAACGACCUGGCCGGACCUCUCGCAGUUUCAAGCAUCGGGCGCCAAGGUCCUUCACUUCCAUGGUGAAUCCGACAAUUCUAUUCCAGCCGCAUCCAGCGUUCGCUACUGGGAAUCCGUCCGAUCCGUCUUGUACCCAUCGCUUUCGUACAACGAGUCUUCCAUUAAAUUGCAAGACUUCUACCGCUUCUUCCUGGUUCCCGGAGCGGGACACUGUGGCGCGAACAGCGGACAACCAAAUGGUGGAUGGCCACAGACGAGCAUGCAGCAGCUGAUCGAUUGGGUCGAGAACGGCGUGGCGCCGGACUUGCUCAAUGCGACAGUGUCCCUCGGCUCAAACAAGGGACAGAAUCAGAAAAUCUGUAUGUGGCCAUUGAGACCUAUGUAUAGUGGAAAUGCGACGGUGCCGGAGUGCGUGUAUGACCAGGAGAGCAUUGAUACCUGGCAUUACGACCUUGAUGCGUUCAAACUGCCAGUAUACUAG